CUCUGUGGCGAGGCGCCCUUGAUGGCCACCGCCCGCCGGGCAGCGCGGAGGGACGGAGCCCAGGGCCGGAGCGGGACACGGCCCACAGGGCGGGACACACACCGCGGGCAGGGUGGUCUUCACAGAAACUCCUGAAGGCUUCAAAGAUUUAUUUUGGGCAAAAUAAACGAGCUGAGUUGUUCUGAUAAAGCAAGAUGGAUCCCUGUACAGUUGGCGUUCAGCUGCAGGCUACCAACGAGUGCCACAAGAUCUAUUACACCCGUCACACUGGCCUCAAAACCAAACAAGAUAUCUCUUCAUCUGACCUCCUGCUGCUUCAGCUGAGGACUGGCAUAACCCUGUCAGAGAACAACACAAUCUGCUUCCACCACGCCAAAAUUUACAUUGAGAGGUUUGAAGACUUACAAAAAUCCUGUUGUGAUCCCUUUAACAUCCACAGAAAGCUGUCAAAGAAAAACUUGCGAGCCAUUGACUUGGACGAUGCAGCUUUCCUGAGUGCCAAGUUUGGAAGGCAGUUUGUUCCUGGUUGGAAGCUUUGUCCCAAGUGUAUGCAGAUCAUCAAUGGAAGUGUGGAUGUGGAACCUGAGGAGCGACAGAGGAGAAGGCUGGAUCCAGAUGGGCGUACAGCUAAGGCUUUAAAGUCUCUGCAGUUUGCUAACCCAGGACGGCAGACUGAGUUCACUCCAGAGACCAGUAAAAGGGAAAAAAGAAGGCAAACAAAAAUCUCAGUGUUUAAUUCAGACAGGCAAGUAAUUCCAGCCAAGAGCAAGGUGUAUGACAGCCAGGGGCUGCUGCUAUACAGCGGGAUGGACCUGUGUGACUGCCUGGACGAGGAUUGCCUGGGCUGCUUCUACGCCUGCCCCAAGUGCGGCUCCAACAAGUGCGGCACCGAGUGCCGCUGCGACCGCAAGUGGCUCUACGAGCAGAUCGAGAUCGAGGGCGGGGAGAUCAUCAGGAACAAGCAUGUGGGCUAGGGGCCACCAUGGCCUUUGUUCCAUCCUGAGUGCGUGGGCCAUGCUUUGGGUAAACACAGCACACGCAGGGUUUAGUUUGCUGUAAGCUGUUGGGACUUGUCAGCACUCGCGGGGUGAAUGCGCUCACUUUCACUGUUGUUUGCAGCGUGGGUAUGUCCAUAACCACGCUGCUGUCUUUGCACUGAUAAAGCAAGAUGGAUCCUUGUACAGUUGGAGUUCAGCUCCAGGCUACCAAUGAGUGCCACAAGAUCUAUUAAGAUCUAUUAAGAAUCAGGAUUCUUACUCAUGCAGCUAGGAUCUCACUGAACAGCUCUACUCAACUACAAGGUGCUGAAUUCUAACGUGAUCUCUCCUGAGCCACUCUUCUUUCACACAAUUCUUUCAUACAUUGCUUUUUAGAAUGUACCAUCUGUGCAUAUCCCUCAUUUCUCCUGCUCAAAUUCAGGAUCUCGUGGGUUUUAAUCUGAUUUAUGUGAAAGUUCUCAAUGAAUUUACAUGCAGUAUUAAUAGAGCUCUCUUUCUAGUAUUAAUAGUGAAUACUGUAUUUUCUCUAGAGUACUGAAGCUACAUCUGGUAAAUCCAAUCCUGUUCACUUAAAAAGGAGUCAAAAGCAUUUAGGUGUUCAGGUCUCAUCCCAGUUACUGGCUUUUGAGGUCAAGUUACCCUUAUGAAUUCAUAAGGAUAUGAAUUCAUAGUAAAAUAUUGAAAUUAACCUGUCAAGGCACUGUGUUAAAAUAUUACUUAUUACUUUGUUGGUUUCUGUAGAACAAAAUUAAAACAAUUUUCCUCUGUUACCAGUCUGUAAUUGGACUGAACCAGUACUUCAACAGCCCUCUCCCUGGUUUUUUGUCUUUUUACUGAUUUUUAAGGUUUAGAUGCAGCUGAAAUAAACUUGAGUGUCUGUUUCCAGACCAAGAUUAUCUAGGCCGUUACCUUCCAUUCAUCUGGGUUUUUUUGGUAUCUUUAGUUGGUACAUUAUCUGUCCUCAUAAUAUUAAACUUUUACACUGUAAGAAGGCUUAUUGAAAAGAUUUUGUAAAUUAAGUCUUAGUAACAUUUUUAUUCUUUGUAUUUUUGUUGUGUUUUGUAUAAAUUUCCUGUCCUUUGGUGAUUUGGUUUGCUGGGUCACAUUUUCUCAAUAAUACUGUUAAGUUCUUGCAGACUUACUUGGUAAAGUUGAUAAAGUUGCAGUGUGCUAGCAGACCUUGUUCUGUUCUGAAUGUGGCCUUGCCAAAAUCCAAAGUUAUGUUUUGAGUUAUGCUGACAUCUGCUGGUCCUGCUGGAGGAUAAGCACUGAGAUGCUGCAUUUUUAUUAAAUCUGUUCUAAAAAGAAAUAAGAGUCUUUUUUGGUCAGAGCAUUGGCAUCUGUUGCAGUGGAUGUCUCCCACUGUUUCAUCUCUUAAGCAAUCUUUUGAACCAAGUGAAAAUAUAAACAGGUAACUUUCAGGAGAGUGAGAGGUGAAAAGCUGGUUGAGUCAUGUAAUUUCCAUGUGUUUAUUAUUUUUUUUUAAUUAGACCAGAGUUGGCAGUACCCACUGUUAAUAAACUUAACAGGCUUCCAUGUUUGUGCUGAGUGUAACCCCUUCAGGUCCACAGCCAGAUUUUGGAUUCACUAACUCCUUAAGGUGCCUAGAGCAUCUCAUGAUCAGAACUGGAUUUCUGCACCUCCAUUCAGUCUGUGCAAAGUGAGCACAUUCAGUCUCUCAUUUUACAGCUGCACUAGCAGGUGAUGCCUUCCCAGAUAAAACACUUCUUUCCUAACAAUGCAGAUAGUGAGUACUGUCCCCGAGGACAAUCAGGGUUUAGGUUUUUUUCUGGUAAAAAAAAGACAUUUUGGUGUUGGCUGUUCACAUGUCUUCCUAAGGUAUUUGUGACAUUUCCAUUUAGCUGCAUCUCCUAACAUGCCUUGGCUGUAGUGUGUCACUAAGUUCAGUAGCAUGUUUUUAUACAGUUCCACGUGCCUUUUUUCUCUUAAAAGACAUUGUUACAAAUCAAACUUUACCAUUUUGCUAGAUUUAACCUGCUUCCAGCAUGAGUUUCUCUUUUUGCUGUUUUUAUAUACACACAAACUAUUUUUUCAAUAUUUAAAGUGAGUGCAUGUGACUCCCAGCUGCACAUGUACUUCCCCAUCUGCCAGAAUUACAACUAAACCUGUUAAACAGGACAUUCUUUUAAUAGAGCCAAAAGAAACAACUGCUUUCCAUAAAAUCCAAAAUCCAGAUGUACCUCAGUGGCUGUAUUAAAACUUUCCUUUUGCUAUUAAUUGCAAAAAUUGAUGUCUUGGCAAAGUUUACAUAUUCAAGGGACAAAAAUCAAUGACAAUAAAAGACUGGUUUAUGAAGAAUGAAUA